GAGGUAUGCACCGGCGGUGAUGACACACGUUUCUCCCAGUUGAAAAAAAGUUGAAAAAAUAUUUUCCCCGACGACAGUUAGUCCGGGUGAUGUGGACAUUUAGGGAACUGACUUAAGCACACAUCCAUGACAGAUGUAGUGAAAAACAUCUAUACAUUUGCCAACAUUUUGUCGGCUGCAAAUACAGACUGUGUACAACAGUGGGAUCGGCAUUCAGUCUUCAAUGCUCUGAAAUGGGCAAACUACUGCAUGAAGGUUGAAGAAGAAACAAGAAACAAAACAUUUCGAGAUGACCUUGACAGGCAAAUACAAUCCAUGACGAUACUGUUGAAGCCGGUUUCUCUUCUUCAAUUGUCUAUAGAUAAACUAAGUGAUGCUUCGCUAGUACUUAGUAAGAGUUUAUCACAAAAUCCAGAUACACCAGCAGAUGUACUAGCAACAUUAGCAGAUUCAGUUGGUGACACUAUACAGAAUGUGAAGAACAUUGAACAGAACAAGGUAGAGCUAAGUGACAGAUUGUAUCAGUUUGUAGGUGAAGAUGUCUCCUUCAUGGAACAAAGUCACCAGUCACAGGCUGAAUAUAUCAUGCACAGACUGGUCACUCUUCAGAGAGCAUGUGUUUCUAGUCAACACAGAUAUGACAAGUUUUUAAAAAGAGUUCUGAAUGAGCUUCAGAAGUACAGAAAUGGCUGGACAGUGAUUAUGUACAUGUUUCUGACAGAUGUCACUAAUGAAGAAGAUUACGAUGUUAUUACUGGUAUAAAGACCAAUAUGCUACAUGUAGUCAGUAGCAUGGCUAGAGACUUUGAUUGUGGCAUAUGGAGAUGUGAUUGUCUUUUGAUCUGUAAACUUUCCACAAUUGAUGACAGUUUCUGUGACAUGUAUGUGGAUCAUUUACUGUCAUGGGCCGUCGACAUGGUUCCUGUUUAUGGGCUGUUUAACAGCGGAGAUAUAUACCGGUGGAGGCAUAAAGAAGAACAACUGAACAUUAGAUACAGUUACACAGAACUACAGACACACUUGAUACAUAUAUUUCACAGCUUCAGAACACUCAAAAUGAAAGUAGAACAAACAUUUAAUGAGCUGUCUAAACAAACAUUUUUUAACGUUUACAAAGAUUUAUUAAAGGACUGCGAUGAGGUUAUGACUGGAUAAUUUUGUGAUCAUGUUGCCGUACAAAAUGUGAUUAUAUACCAGUAAAUUCCUUACCGAAUUGCUGGUAGUGAUAACUUUAUUAUUUUUGACAAUGCUAAAAUUGUACAGUGGUGCCCUAAUAGGGUACUAUUCAUAAUGAGUUUUGUUACAUGAAUAUUCUCAAAUAUGAUCGACAAACAAAUUUAAAUCUGUCAUGACCACUGACUAUUAAUCCCAAUAAUUGGAAAUAAAUCAGCUACUAAACACAAAUUACUAAAAUGUGAAUGAGUGUGUUGUUGAAAAAUUUGCAAAAUAUUAAUGAUGCAAAAGUUACUUAAUCAUUAAUACUGUGAAAUCAUAAAUAUUUGUCGAAGACUAAUUUUUAUGGAUUUCAUGGUUUAGUGGAUCCUUGAAAUUAAAUCUCAACAAAAAAGUAAAAUUUCAAUUCAUUUUCUAUGCCCCCCCCCCCAACACACACACACAUUUUUGUGGGGGGUGGGGGCAUAUAGCGUUGCUGCUGUCAGUAGGUAUGUAUAUCCAUACAUCCUGAAAUCUUGUGUGUCCUACUCCUGCCACACUUUUAGUCUGAUUUGCUUCAAACAUUCACAGACGAACAAGCUAGAUUUGCAGAUGACCAUAAAGGAAGGAUUUAUUCAGUGAUUACUUUUACUGCAGUUAUAGCUCUUUCAAAUUAAUAGUUUUGAUAUAUAGAAUAUACAAAAACAAUCUUGUGUGUUCAACUCCUCAUACAAGGCUUGGAUUCAAAGUUGCUCAGAUACACAACCUUAUCUGAAUACAAUUUGCUUCUAACUUUUGAUCGAACAUCCUUCAUGUAAAGAUUGUCUUUACUAAAAACUCUGCUAUUUAGAGGAUGGCACAGUAUGUGGGGGCAUCUGUGUCCAAUGGACACAAUUCUAGUUUGUUGAAAAUUUAAAAUCCAUGAAUUCAUAUCCCCACGAAAUAGCAAUUUGGACAAAAAACCCACAAAAUUUCAGGCCCACAUAAUUAAAUGAUUUAACAAUAGUUUAUCUCUGAUUGAUGAGAAUAUCUCUGUAAUAACUUGUUACAUAAGAGGUAUUGUGAAAUCAUUUCAUUUUGUGGGCAUGGCAAAACUGUUAUUUUUGGGGGAUUUGAACUUGUGGGAAUAGAAUUAAUGAAAAUUGAAUGUGUUUGUUGAGAAUUGUUUUUCGUAAAUUAACACAACCAGGAAAAUAAGUCCCUUGUGGUUAGUAUAAUUUUUAUACGCCUGUCUCUGAAAGUCUGACGAGAGGGGCGUAUUAUGUGAACACCCGCGACGGGUGGGCAGGUGGCGUCCAAAGCAUGUCAGCUCUCCAAGUCAACAGUUUUCAUCAGAUCUUCACCAAACUUGCUAACAAUGUUUGUGGGCGUAAUAUCAAGACCAAGUUUGAUAACCAGCCAAAUCGCCCCAGGCACUCUUUGAUUAUGACCCUUAAAUUACUCGAAAAACAGCGAAUUAAGUCGAACAGUUUUCAUACGAUCUUCACCAAACUUGCUGACAAUGUUUGUGGGCAUAAUAUCUCGGCUAAGUUCGAUAACCAGCCAAAUCGCCUCAGGCACUUGUGGAUUAUGGCCCUUGAAUUACUCUAAAAACAGCAAAUUUAGCCUUGUCCGCUCUCUAAGUCAAAUGGUUUUCAUCCAGUCUUCACCAAACUUGUUGACAAUUUUUGUGGGUAUAAUAUCUCGGCAAAGUUUGAUAACCAGCCAAAUCACCUCAGGCACUCUUGGAUUAUGCCCCUUGAAUUAGGCCAAGUUUGAUGACGGGCGUAUUUUGUGACAGUCUGGCACUUUUGUUUGCUUUAGUGGAGUAAUUGUGUCUCCCACCACACAGUUAUGUAGGAGACAUAUUGAUUUACUCCUGUCUGUCUGUGUGUGUGUCUGUCUGUCUGUCACAAAGAUUGUCCGCACUCUAAGUCGAACAUUUCUUAUCUGAUCUUCACCAAACUUGAACAAAAUGUGUUUGCCAAUAAGUGGUCGUCCAGGUUCAAUAACUAGCCAAAUCGGCCCAGGCACUUCGGAAUUAUGGCCCUUAAAUUACCAAAAAACACUCGGACUUCUUGCGCAUUUUUGACACCAAAAGGACCCCUAUACUACUUUAGAAGUUGUAUAGGGAUCCUUUUGGUGUCAAAAAUGUGCAUGCGCUCUAGUAGUAUAGGAGUCCUUUUGGGGUCCUUUAUGUGCUUGUGCUCUAAGUAAACAGUUACUGUAUAUAAAGAAUGACUUACUAUUUAGAUGAUUAGGCAGUUGUGGGAGACAUGCGCUUUUCUCAAAAGCAGCUCUAGUUUAUAAUUGCUUUGAUUAAGAUGAAACAUAUUUUGCACCCAGGACCAUGUGUGGCCAGAUGCACUGCACUGGACCACGUAUUACCAGAUGCAUUGGACCAUGUUUUGCCAGACAUAAAAUUAUGUUUUCAUGAUGUUUGCUAUACUGGUAUCAUAUGUACCACUAAUACAUUGCUAAAACAAGAACUGCAUUUUUUGUUCAUUUUGGUGUAUUGUAAUAAAUGUUUUUUCUUCUACAAUGAAAAAUAAAAUAUUUUUAUUACUAGCA